UAAAGGGCAAUGGACAGGCUGAAAAAUGUUUCUGGUAGCUUGUGAUACUGACAGUUCAAAAAUGGAGAGAAAACAUGGGAAAUACAUAGUGAAUAUCGAACAUUCUGAAAACCAGCUGUCAUUCAACCCAAGAAACCAUGAAGCUCACAGUUCGUCAUGUCAGUUUCCAACAUCAGCUGAUGUAAUUGGUGAUGUUGGUACUGAUUUAACUGGUGUCUGCACUAACACAGGGACUCUUGGACACUCAGAAUCUCCAAACAGAGAAUUCCAACAUUGUCAGGUAACAUGGAAUUUCUUCAGUGACUGGUCUCUUUGGAGAAUCUUCCUGGCUUGUCUCUUAGCCUGUGCUCUAACAAUCACCAUCGGAGUACUCAUAGAAUGUCUAGUGUAUAAUAGGAAAAAUAAUAAUGCAUCCAUUAUUCAGCUCCCUCAAAACAAUGGGACAAGCUCAUCUACUAGUUCUGAAACUAUAGUACCUAUUACUGUAAUGGAUUCAACCACAACAUCUGAUUCAACUACCAUCACUAUGACCAUUGCUAGCACUUCAACAGAACCAACUAGUGCUAUCACUACAACUUCUACCACUUCUACUGAACAUAAAACAAUGGCAGGAGCAAACACUUCAACGAAACCAAAUACCACAGUGACUCCCAGCAAUUCCACUAAGGGGAAAACCACAAGAGCCGCUAGUACUGCUUCUACUGAACCUACAACCACAGCUACAGUCACCAAUUCACUUGAAUUCCCUACCACAAAGAUUGCCAGCACAGCCACUGAAGCAACAACUACCAUGGGCACCAUUGCUGCCUCUACAGAACCCACAACCAUCAUAGCCACCAGUACUCUCUCUAUUAAGUCGACAGCUACCACAGCAGCCAUCAUAUCAUCUGAACUCACUAACACAAAAACUUCCAGCACUAACACUGAGGUUAGUACAACUGCAGCUGCCAUUACAACAUCUACUGAUCCUACAACUACCAUGGCCACCACCAUAACUUCUGCAGAACCUACAACCUCCAAGGCUACCUCUAAAACUUUUACUGAAACUACAGCCACCACAGCCAGCACAACUUCUACUAAACCUACAACCACCACAGCCACCACUACUGAACCUAUAUCCACCACAGCUGCCAUCACAUCAUCAGUACCAACUCUCACAACAAUUGCUGGCACGACCCCUGAGUCUGCAACCACCACAGAGUCUUCCAAACUUGCAACCCCCAGGCCCCCACUAUCAGCUCUACCAAAUCUAUAG